AAUCCUACCCACACAGCCAUGCAUCUUAUCAAUUGCCGUAUUAUUAUGAUCUUCAUCUCCUUCUGCUUUCAGUCUAACCUAUUUUAACUUCGACAAGACUCCAUAAUUGGUCUCUUGAAGGUUCAUAUUCAAUGGCUUUCGAUGAUGCGCUGAGAAUUAUUCUUUCUUUCUUCUUGUUCACAAAAUAUCUCCAGAACUCAGUUCAAGGAGAACCCCAAGUUCCUUGUUACUUCAUCUUCGGAGACUCGUUUGCCGACAGUGGCAACAACAACAACCUCGACGUUGAUUUAAGAGCAAAUUACUCUCCUUAUGGAGUGGAUUUCCCUAAGGGUCCUACCGGACGGUACACCAAUGGACGCACUGUUGCAGAUAUUAUAGGACAACUUCUGGGUUUUAUUGACUUUAUUCCUCCUUUUGCAAAUUUAACAGGAAAAGACAUAUUAAAAGGAGUGAAUUAUGCAUCAGGCGGGUCCGGGAUUCGGGAUGAAACCGGGAAGGAAUUGGGCGAUGUAGUGAGCUUGAAUGAGCAGCUAGGGAACCACUUCACCGUAUUGUCAAAAAUUAGUGCGAUUUUGAACAGUGAAUCCGCAUCCAGAGACUACUUACAAAAGUGCAUAUACAUCGUCAUAAUAGGAACUAAUGACUACUUAAAUAAUUAUUUCAGCUAUCAAAAUAAGAAUGAUUAUUUUGGGCCGAGUUUUUAUCAGACCAGCACAAUGUAUACUCCUCAACAGUACGCGAAUGUGCUUGUCAAGCAAUACUCCAAGCAACUCAAGCGCUUACGUUCAUAUGGAGCAAGGAAGGUGGCCAUUUUUGGGGUAGGGCUGAUUGGGCAACUCCCAACAAUUGUGAGAACAUUUGGCAAUAACUCUUCUAUGAUCGACGCAGCAGCUCAACUAUUCAGCCGCAAGCUGCUCCCCCUUGUCACUAGCCUGAAUAAAAAAUUCACCAAUGCCAAGUUCACUUACAUAAACACCACCGGGAUCGUGACCACGAGUGCCCCUUUAUUAGCCCACUUGAAUACCAAGGAUAGUUGCUGCAAGCUGAGGUCGGAUGGCUCCUGCAUCGAAGGUAGCACUCCCUGCCUCUUGAGAACACAUUAUGCUUUCUUUGACGGAUUCCAUCCUACGGAAGCGGUGAAUGUAGCCUCUGCGGGAAAAGCAUACAAUAAGCUGUCACCCUUACACGCUUCUCCUUAUGACAUCUGCCAACUUGCGCAGCUCCCUUAAUCCGUAUCACUAACGGAGUUCCUCCAUAGUGGAAUAAGUCAUUUGAGUUGACAAUAAUAAAUCUGUAUGGUUUAACUUUAACGUGUUGUAGCUAGAUCAAGUGUUGCUGGCUUGGAGCAAUUAUAUGUAAAGUAAGAUCUCUCCAUGUAAUUUUCACACCUAGGGCGCCAAUUAUUUAUUUCUUUUGUUUCCACAUCUAGCUAGGGUCAGCAAUUGAUUCGAUUACAUUACUCUCCCAUCUGCCUAGUCGAAUGGGACUCCCUCAUCAAUCCAUCUAUUCCUAUCUUCUUUUAUCGGCAA